UUUAAUUUGUAAUUGGUUUCCGCCAUCUUUUACUUUUUUAAAUACUUUAUUCGUAUUGUUUGGCUUGGUUGUUUCUUGUUUAGGUUGUAUCAAAUCUAAUAGAAUAAAAAUGGCAUUAAAAAGAAUAAAUAAAGAAUUACAGGAUUUGGGAAGAGAUCCUCCUGCUAGCUGUUCAGCCGGACCGGUCGGAGAUGAUUUGUUUCACUGGCAAGCUACUAUCAUGGGACCUCCAGAUAGUCCAUAUCAAGGAGGCGUUUUCUUUUUAACUAUUCAUUUUCCUACAGAUUAUCCAUUCAAACCACCAAAGGUUGCUUUUACCACUCGUAUAUAUCACCCUAAUAUAAAUAGUAAUGGCAGUAUAUGCCUAGAUAUUUUACGUUCUCAAUGGUCACCAGCAUUAACGAUAUCUAAAGUUUUACUAUCGAUAUGUUCGCUAUUAACGGAUCCAAACCCUGACGAUCCUUUGGUGCCAGAAAUCGCACGCAUUUAUAAGACUGAUCGCACCAAGUACAAUGAAACUGCACGCGAAUGGACACGAAAAUACGCCAUGUGAAUACAUACCAUACACUAACGAAACCUCCUCUUACGCUCUCUUAUCUCUUAUAUGAUUUGGCAUUUAUAAUUUGACAUUUUGUAUUCUUAUUUUUUGUCAUAAAUGCACGAAUUAUAUAUAUAAAUAUUAGCUAUCACGAAACCUUAAACGCCUGUCUACCUAUUUCGAUAGAGGUCAUGUUAUUGAUUAUUUAAAUUUUAGCUAUUUAUUUAUUAUUUUAAAUUAUAAUAACACGGUUUGCAUUAAUUAAGAUAAGGAGUCAUAAACAAAUACCUUUUUAUCCCUUCAAAACAUGUCAAUAUUUUUUAAAUGACAAAAUAAAAACCCUAUAAUUUUUUUGUAAAGAACUUAAUUUGAUUUUAUGUUUUGUCCUAAUAUAUUUAAAUAUACAUGAAUAAAUAACAUCAGGAUAUU